AUGCCAUUACAUUUGGCAGUGAUUAAAGGUCAUAUCGAUAUUGUUAAGGAAUUUGUUAACGUUCAACCGGAUUUGACUCGGUUACUUACGAGUCAUGGUGAAACAAUAUUACAUCUUUGUGUGAAAUAUAAUCAGUUUGAAGCUUUUAAAAUUGUAGAGGAUGAGGAGCUUCUAAAGAGUAAAGACUAUGAAGGAAAUAGUGUGUUGCACCUUGCUGUUGCUUUGAGACACCUCCAGAUGAUAAACUAUUUGGUAGAGAGUAAUAAAGUUGAGGUAAAUACCCUGAAUGGAAAUGGUUUCACAGCUUUAGAUGUCAUUCUACAAUGUCCAGCUCAAUCAGGAGACCUGCUAAUAGGUGAGUCGACUCUUCGCAGUUUCGGAGCUAUAAGAUCUACCACUACCUUGCUGCCCUCCACAAUAAUAGCUACAUCCUCAAACCAAAUUGAACCCGUUAUGAUCGGCUCACAAACAAUCCUUAGCAGACCACUGAAUGAAAAGAAAAUAAAGAAGAAAGUUAUUAUGAAAAAAAUGAAUGCAAGUGAGGAAGAAGAUGAUGAUGAUGAUUUUGAAAACAAUCUUGACUUAAGACGCGAUGCAAACUCAUUAAUGGUGGUGGCUGUACUGAUAGCCACCAUGACGUUUGAAGCUGGAUUAAACCCACCUGGUGGAGAUUGUGUUAAACUAAUCAAUACUGCUAGUUCUAAUUGCACAAUCAACAAUUCAUUCUUCAACAGGAGUACAACUUUUGAAUCCCAGAUCUUUAAUGGCACCGAGAUAGGUAAUUUUAUAAAGCUGCCAGGAUUCAGCUAUUAUGUUUUUGAGUUGGUCGACACGAUAGGAUUUUUAUCAUCGUUGAGUGUCAUAGUUCUGAUUAUAUGUGGAUUUCCAUUCAAGCAAAGUUGUCUCAAGUGGACAUUAAUGGUUGUUAUGAUGAUAGCAAUGGCAUCCGUAGCUUUGUUAUUCAUGUUUUGGAUGUACGCGACUAACCCCAACCAUUAUGUUAUCCAGAGCUUCCCUGCUUUUUGGUUCCUAUUAAUUGUUUUGCUUGCAGUAUGGCAAUUAUUUAGUUUUGUGAUAUGGUUGUUCAAGAAAUUUGAAAGAGUGGCUUGUAAGAGACCUAGAGUACAUUAA